UUUUAUAUUCGCAGAACACGUGACACCCCACGGAAGUGACGCGGAGUGCUCAAAAGAGUUCAGCAAAGCAUCUGGGAGCAAAACACCAGCUAGCUAAAUAUCACUUUACAGCAGGAGAGCAGCGGACGGGACUAACAGACGGUCAAAACAGUUCACACAUCUGCGAGUAGACGACGACGAUGAAUCCAGUGUACAGCCCUGCGUCAACAGGGGUCCCCUUUACCAACACUAAGGGCAUAGGCUAUCCAGCUGGAUUCCCUGUUGGCUAUGCAGCAGCUGCUCCAGCAUACACUCCUAAUGUCUAUGCAGGAGCAAACCCAGCCUUCCCCAGCGGCUACGCUCCAGGCACUCCUUUCAAAAUGUCCUGCUCUCCCAACACGGGAACUGUCCCACCAUACUCCUCCUCACCCAACCCCUACCCUGCUGCUGUUUACCCGGUCAGGAGCACCUACCCCCAACAGAACCCCUAUGCACAGGCGUUAAUACCCUCACAACAACAAGGCACUUAUUACACACAGCCUCUGUAUGCUGCGCCGCCUCAUGUUAUCCAUCACACAACAGUGGUCCAGCCAAAUGGGAUGCCUGCGGCCAUGUAUGCUCCGCCCAUGCCUCCUCCCCGCCACAACGGCGUCGCUAUGGGGAUGGUAGCCGGCACCACCAUGGCCAUGUCAGCUGGAACUUUGUUGACAACUCCAUCACCAGCGCCUGUUGCCCCACACCAAGUCACGAUGCCCACAUAUCGGCCUCCUGGCACACCUAGCUACAGCUAUGUGCCCCCGCAGUGGUGAAGAAAGGGAAGCGGCCGAAGAUGGUAGAUAUGCAUUCACACUCUACUCCAGUGUUUUUUGCUAUUGGUGAAGACCUGCGCUGCCAGCGUCUGCAACCAGUUACUCUUCUUCCAGCAUAAUGUGAAUCUAAAAAAAACCCAACUACAUAGAAAGAGGCCCAUUUUGGAUAGGGGGGGGUGAAGAAUAGGCCCAUCCCCAUGACCCCCUCUCAAUGGAAUAAGGCUGCAUUCCAUGUCACACCCCAGCGCCAGCACCUCUACAACCUGCUGCAUAUCUCACAUCAAACAGCAAAGCCUCCAUGCAAAAUUUUAUUGUGGACUGUCAUGCAGGUUUUUAUAGCUUAAACUCUUAAAGUGGUGAAAAGGGAGUCUGGAAUUGUUUUUUCUUUUUUUUAUUAUUUGUUUUUUAUUUUAUUUGGGGGAUACAUAUGAUGUUGAAUGCAUGUGUAUAUAUAGAUAUAUGAAGUAAUGCUAGCUCAAUCUACCUGCUGUGACAGAUGCAAAAUCAACAAAAGGCACACAUCCAAAGGAACUAAAAAAAAAAAAAAAAAAAAAAAAAAAA